GAUUGGUCAGAAAAAAAUAUUAAAAUAAACAACAGGAAUUCCCGUUGGUCAACAUCCAUUCGCAAGGAGUCCCGGGUAUAGUAUUGUUAAGGGCUCUAUUUUUUUCUCUCGGUCUUGAACCGAAAUUGUUUCCGAUCUCCUCAGUUCCACAACCAAAUAACGAAAUGGCUGGUGGUAAGGCAGGGAAAGACAGUGGCAAAGCUAAGGCGAAAGCGGUGUCGCGCUCCCAGAGAGCUGGACUGCAGUUCCCAGUGGGUCGUAUCCACAGGCACUUGAAGACUCGUACUACCAGCCAUGGCCGUGUAGGAGCCACAGCGGCCGUGUACAGUGCUGCCAUCCUCGAAUACCUCACGGCUGAGGUGCUGGAGUUGGCGGGCAAUGCUUCCAAAGAUCUGAAGGUGAAGCGCAUCACUCCUCGCCACUUGCAGCUCGCGAUCCGUGGAGACGAGGAGUUGGACUCCCUCAUCAAGGCCACCAUUGCUGGAGGAGGUGUGAUCCCUCACAUCCAUAAGUCCUUGAUCGGGAAGAAGGGCCAGCAGAAGACUGCAUAGACAGACCAUCUUGUUGACUGUGAAGGCUUGUAAUUCUGACUGGACUGUGUUCGGAGACACUUGUAUUCAGACUGACUUGACUGACCAGAACUUCACAUUUGAUAUUUUAUUAAUAUUAUAGCUAACGAUGAGUGAUUAAAUUUUUUUUUUUUUUUUCUCCAUUGUAAUAUUUCCCAUAAUGAGAACUCUUAAGACAAACACAUUUGUAUUAGGGCUGGGCGAUUAUGGUCUAACAAUCUGUUAUGUUAAAAAAAAAAAUGUGACUUAUGGGCGGUUCCUAAAUGUAAUUUAAAAGUUAUUGUACAAUUAAGUCAUACGCUGCAUUUAAAAAAAGUCGAGCAACAAUCUAAUCCAUGGCUUGUGAAAUUAUACCUAGGCUAAAUAUAAGCCUUCCACAACACACUAAUUAUUUUAACAUGCUUUUUGCCAUCACUGAUCAAGUUUAUGGAAAUUCCCUUUCCUUACAAAUUUAACCAGAAGCAUACAUGAUAUACAUUCACUAAUAAUUAACUUAUUGUAGCAGGCAUUGAAAAUUAACACCAGUUACAAGCCCACGUGCUAGUAGGUAGCCAGCUAAUCUUUAUAUUUCAGGUUUUGCCAUCUUGGAUCUAUUUGCUAGCUAACAAGGCAGAACAGUGGAGUUAUGAACACACCCUUCUGUCUCAACUGUUGAAAUGGCAUGCUAUCCUGUACUUUGUUAAGAUUGAAAUUUAGUGGCCUACUUAAUCAGAAAGAGACAUUGCCAAUCAUUAUUUUAUCCUUAUUGCAGAUUUAAGACUAGACCACUACUAUACGUCUUUGCUAAAAUGCUGCUCGCUGUACUUGGUAGUGCAAUGCUGCAUGUGACCAACUGAGCAUACAUUUUUGUUAGUGUUUGCAAUUUCAGUAGUUCAGACAAAGGUUAUUGUUAACUUCUCUAAAUUGUCCAUAUGAUUUAUUUUUUUGAUGGACCAAACCUUAAUUGUAAAUAGUGACUUGCUGUCAGAUCUGUCCAAAAUGAGCCCAAUGGUUUGAGUUUAGCUUGGAUUUAAACUUGUCACAUGCCUUCCCGCCUUUGGGACAUCUCCCAUUUUUAGGGGGGAGACGUUCAUCUAGUCAUUUAUUUACAGUUCUCUGGUGUUAGUGGGAAGGAGCGACUAAGUCGAGACCAAAAAGACGUGAGAACAAACAGACCAUAACACUCAUAAUGAGAAAUACAAACAUUGAUUCUUGCGAUAUAGGCAUUUGGAAUAUCGCUCAAAUUAAUUAGAUCGCUCAGCCCUAAUUUGUCUGCCAUUUUAGAUUGUUGGGCAGGACAGAGGAAAUAAUCAUACCUUUGUCAGAUUGUGACAGUUGAAUUCGAUUUGGCAGGGCUUCAUAAAUGUUUUAUACUGAAAUGGAAUUAAAACUCAUUUUUAUAAAAACGAA